AUGCUACCUUUGUAUUUAUUGACUAAUGCGAAGGGUCAACAAGUACGCAUCGAAUUAAAAAGUGGUGAAGUUAUCGAAGGGGAAUUGACAAAUGUUGACAAUUGGAUGAAUGUUACAUUGGCUAACGUUAAUGAAUAUAAAAGUUCUGAUAAUAAUGCUCAAAUGGAAGUAUUAAAAUCUACGGAGAUUUACUUAAAGGGUAUCUAUAUUAAAUACAUCAAAUUACAAGAUGAUAUUAUUAGUACAGUAAAGCAACAAAUUAAUAGUAACCAAAACAAUAAUAGUGGUAACAAAUAUAACAAUAGAAAGUAUAACAACAAUAACAGAAAUUAUAACAAUAAUCAAGGUUCUGGUAAUAGAAGAAAUAAUUAUAAUAAUCGUGAUAUGAACAGAAGACAUAACAAUAACAACUACCAACAACAAAAUCGUCGUUCAUAUCACCAUAACCCAAACUCCAAUAAUAAUAACAAUAAUAGCAACGAAUAUUCUAGACCAUCCCAUGAUGGUACUGGUGGUUAUGUUCAACAUCAUACUAUUUUUAAUAACGAUAACGAGAACAAGGUUGAGUUUUAG